AUGUCCGAUCCUCUCCCCAUAGCCAUCGACCCCGUGGCUCUCGUGACCACAGAAUGCAUUACGGUCACCUCGUCCAUGCGAAAGCAUGCCCGUUGGGCGCACUCCUCCGUCUCCGCCAUCCUGGGCGGCAAUGGAGGGUCUCGUGUCUAUGAGCGGGAUACAUCUGCGCCGCCUAGCCCGCGCAAGAGCAGUCAAUCGUCCCGUGUCGAUGACGACCAUGCCCUGGCAAACCGAUGGGGCCUGCGAGGGAAGAAGGGCAAGAGCAUGCAGGACAACCCGUUGAUAUCGGCCUUCACCCGUCUGCGGAGUGACCUCAAUGGCUGCAAAGACAUCCGUUCCUUCGAUACGCCGGCCCUACUCCAUCCAUUCCUGCAGGUCAUCCGUUCCUCCUCGACCUCCGCCGUCAUUACCUCUCUCGCCUUGGUCGCCAUCACUAAGUUCUUUUCAUACAACAUCAUCAAUCGAAACUCGCCGCGGCUCCCAAUGGCUAUGCAGCUGCUCUCUGCAGCAAUUACGCAUUGUCGGUUCGAGGCGAGCGACUCUUCAGCGGACGAGAUCGUGCUUCUGAGGAUUCUGAAGUUGAUGGAGGGCAUGCUCUCUCGGCCGGAAGGAGAGCUGCUGGGUGAUGAGAGCGUCUGUGAGAUGAUGGAAACGGGAUUGAGCAUGUGCUGUCAAGGCCGCCUGUCGGAGGUGUUGCGCAGAUCCGCAGAGAUGGCUAUGGUCAACAUGUGCCAAGUCAUUUUCAUGCGCCUGUCGCACCUCGAUCAAGAGGUCUCACUAGGACCGGCUUCGUUUGCGGACGAAAAUGUCAAGUCCGAAGCAACGAAAUUGAAGAUGGAUCCUUCUGUCAAUGGCGAUACUGUGACAUCGCAACACCAGUCCGCCAUGAGCUCCGAUACAGCAGCCGCCGAACGGGCCAGCACCAGUCGAGAAGGGUCUCCCGAGCAGCCGGGGAGCGCAACCGCUGCGGCUGCACCUCCAAACCCGGAUGAUGACACUGAGACCGAGAUUAAACCGUAUUCUUUGCCGUCUAUCAGAGAACUGUUCCGUGUAUUGAUCGAUCUUCUGGAUCCUCACAAUCGACAACAUACAGAUACCAUGCGAGUGAUGGCUCUCCGAAUCAUUGAUGUCGCCUUGGAAGUGGCUGGUCCCUCUAUCGCUCGACACCCUAGCUUGGCUGUUUUGGCCAGAGAUGAUCUCUGCCGAUAUCUCUUCCAGUUGGUCCGAUCGGAGCAAUUGCCCAUUCUCACCGGAUCUCUGAGAGUUGCGGGUACUUUGCUCUCGACGUGUCGUUCUGUGUUGAAGCUUCAGCAAGAACUCUAUCUUUCAUAUUUAGUGGCAUGCCUCCACCCCCGCGUGGAAAUUCCCCGUGAGGCUGGCAUCGAUCCAUCACUGUACGAGGGGGUCCCCCAAGCACCCAAGCUUGUGAAGCAACCAUUAUCUCAGACGAACAGUGGCAGAUCCACCCCAGUUCCGGUGAAAGACCGACAAAAGCUAGGUCUUGAGGGCGGCUCACGAAAGCCCGAGGCACGGGAAGCAAUGGUUGAGAGCAUAGGUGUCUUGUCGCGCAUCCCUAGCUUCAUGACGGAGCUCUUUGUCAACUACGACUGUGAAGUUGACCGGGGAGAUCUGUGUGAGGAUAUGAUCGGGUUACUCUCCCGAAACGCUUUCCCGGAUUCUGCCACAUGGAGCACUACAAACGUGCCCCCACUGUGCUUGGAUGCUCUGCUGGGCUAUGUGCAAUUUAUUUAUGAUCGUUUGGACGAUGAGCCUGUUCAAGGAGAUUAUCCCCCACAAGAACUUCUUCGCAGUCAACGGAAAACAAAGAAGAUCAUCAUCAAAGGAGCACAGCUGUUCAAUGAGAACCCGAAGAAGGGCAUUGCCUAUCUUGCAGAGCAUGGUAUUAUUGAAGACCCCAAAAACCCAGUGCUAGUCGCCCGAUUCUUGAAAGGGUCGGCGCGUCUGUCAAAGAAAGUGCUUGGUGAAUUCAUCUCCAAACGUGACAAUGAGGAGUUGCUGGGUGCAUUUAUCGACCUCCUUGAUUUCUCGGGGACGAAUGUGGUCGAAGCUCUACGAGAGCUGCUGAGUUCAUUCCGACUGCCCGGCGAAUCGCCGCUUAUUGAACGAAUCGUGACAACCUUCUCCGAGCAUUACACGGAAAAGGCAAAGCCAGAACUCAUCGCUGAUAAAGACUCGCUAUAUGUAUUGACAUACGCCAUCAUCAUGCUCAACACAGAUCUAUUUAAUCCCAGCGUCAAGCCACAAAGCCGCAUGUCAUUCCCUGCUUUUGCAAGGAAUUUGCGGGGUGUCAAUGGCGGUGGUGAUUUCACGGAAGAGUUUCUCCAGGAGAUUUACGAUUCUAUUUCAGCGAAUGAGAUCAUAUUGCCGGAAGAACAUGACAACAAGCAUGGCUUCGACUACGCCUGGAAAGAAAUGCUUCUCAAGUCAUCCGGAGCUGGCGAGAUGGUUGUGGGCGAAACCAACGUUUAUGAUGCGGAGAUGUUCAAAGCUACUUGGAAACCUGUGGUCGCAACUCUGUCUUAUGUUUUCAUGUCUGCCUCAGAUGACGCAGUCUAUUCCCGCGUGGUCAAUGGCUUCGACCAGUGUGCCCAGAUUGCUGCUCGUUACGGCUUGACGGAGGCAUUCGACCGCAUCGUCUCUUCCCUUGCAUCCAUCAGCACCUUGGCGACAACCAAGCCUCCAAGUACAGCACUCAACACGGAGGUCCAGGUGGGCAAAAAGAGCGUUAUGGUGAGUGAACUUGCUGUGAAGUUUGGAAGGGAUUUCCGAGCACAGCUUGCUACCGUGGUGCUCUUCCGAGUCCUGGCGGGCAAUGAAUCCACGCCCAAGCAAAGCUGGGAGCAUAUCGUUCGCAUUCUCAGUAAUUUAUUCAUCAAUUCUCUGAUUCCGCCGCUGGAUUCAAAGAUCACGGCCGAGCUUGACAUCUCCCCAAUCCCGCUGCAGCCUCCGUCGCAGGUUGUGGAUCGGGAUAGAAUUGGCAACGAAAGUGGACUGUUGUCUGCAUUCACGUCUUACCUGUCGAGCUAUGCUGCUGAUGACCCCCCUGAGCCUUCCGACGAAGAGCUGGACAACACGCUGUGCACAGUGGACUGCGUGACCGCGUGCUCGAUCCCCGAAAUUUUGAAUAACAUUAAAUCGCUCCCUCUUUCGUCUCUCGAAAUGCUUGUUGGAGCUCUGUUGUCUCAGCUCCCCGAAGAGAAUGUUCCGGCAGUCAUUGUUGUGAAGCCAGAGCGGCCAAGCCCUGUUUCGAGAAGCCCCAAUCCUCGUAUUGACCCCAACCAGCCCAAAUAUGAUCCGUCGAUGAUCUUUGCUUUGGAGUUGGCAACUGUCCUCACUCUUCGCGAUGAGAAGACCCUGAGUGCUCUUGGCGAGAUGCUGGCGACUACUCUUCAAACCAUGGUGCGCGAUGCAAAGAAUCUUCAUCCGCUGAGCGUAUCUCGCAUCGUCUCGUAUCUACUCAAUCUUCUGCGACUCAGCCACGACCAGGAUUUCAUGCGAGUACCAGUCGUGCUGCACGCUAUCUCUGGAUACGACCAAGAUAUCCUGGAGAUGGUUGCUGCGCCUAUAGUGAAGGGCCUUGCCCGUUGUGUUGCACACACGGGUCGCCUAAGGAACGAGAUCACCAUCUCCCCAGACUUCUGGUCAAUCUUGCAGAGGCUGCACCAGCAUGAAGAGGCCGCACCGAUGGUGUUCGAGCUGCUUCAAAGCAUCGCUGAAUCUAUGCCUGACAUUGUGACACCCGAUAACUACGAAUCUGCUGUGACCCUCGCGAAUGACUUCGUCAGUGCUGCACACGUGGGGUCUAUUAACGAACGCCAAAGAGAUAUACAGGCUCGGCGGACCAAGGGCGUCAAGCCCCCCAAACCUACCGAGAACCCAGUCGUCACUCGUGGCAUCAAGGCUAUUGGACUGAUCUAUCAUCUGACUGGACGGGUCCCCAUGUUGAUCAAGCAGUCUCAUCUCGAGGAACGUGAAGCUUGGGCUGCCUAUUGGUCUCCCAUUUUCCAAUCCUUAACCAGCCAAUGUGUCAAUCCCUGCCGGGACAUUCGACACCACGCAAUCUCCACCCUGCAACGAUCUCUCCUGUCCGCUGAUCUUGUGUCCAGCGAUGACAAGGAAUGGUCCACCAUCUUCGAUGAAGUGCUGUUCCCUCUCGUCCUGCGUCUUCUCAAGCCGGAGGUCUACCACUCUGACCCUAAUGGCAUGGGCGAAACCCGUGUUCAGGCCGCGACAUUGGUCUGCAAGAUCUUCCUGCGGUUCUUGGACCAGCUUCCCAAUCGCGAGGGUAUGCUCCCUCUCUGGCUCAAGAUUCUGGAUAUCCUAGACCGCAUGAUGAACUGUGGCCAGACCGACAGCCUGGAGGAAGCGAUCCCCGAGAGUUUGAAGAACAUUCUUCUAGUCAUGGCUGACGGCGGCUACCUCGUGCCACCAUCCCAGGAUCCCAGCAAAGAAGAAAUGUGGAAUGAAACUCGCAAACGUCUUGGCCGCUUCCUGCCAGACCUCUUUGUCGAGAUUUUCCCCGAGGCAGGCCAGGAAACAGAGAAGUCGCAGCCAGCCUCUGCUAUCAACUCUCCUGCCCAGCCGGCCAGCGAUGCGGGCAAGAAGAGCGAGGAGACAGAGGCCCCGCCUAAUGGCAUCGCGGAAGACGGAGACACCAGCCUUGCCGAGAGCCAAGCAGCUUCUCAGGAAGAGGCUUCUUCGUAG